AUGGAGGCAGUUGCAGAUCUUCAGGAUGCAGCCUUGGUAACUCUGAAGUUUCGGUUUAACCCGAAGCUGGGCAUUGAUAAUCCUGUCCUUUCCCUGGCUGAAGACCACGACCUCUCUGAUCCCUGGAGCCUGCAGCGGCCUCGCUUCUGUCUGCUGAGCAAAGAGGAAGGCAGGAGUUUUGGCUUCCACCUACAGCAGGAGCCAGGCAGGGCCGGGCAUGUGGUGUGCAGGGUGGAUCCAGGCACUUCUGCCCAGCGCCAGGGCCUCCAGGAAGGAGACCGGAUCCUGGCGGUGAACAACGAUGUUGUGGAACACGAAGACUAUAUGACGGUGGUACGCCGCAUCCGGGCCAGCAGUCCUCGGGUGUUGCUGACAGUCUUGGCAUGGCAUGUGCAUGAUGUGGCCCGAGCUCUGCAUGGGAACCAUGCCCAUCUCUGUCCUACCCUAGGCCCUGGGGUCCGGCCCCGGCUGUGCCACAUAGUGAAAGAUGAGGGUGGCUUUGGCUUCACUGUCACCCAUGGAGAUCAGGGUCCCUUCUGGUUGGUGCUAAGUACUGGGGGAGCAGCUGAGCGGGCAGGGGUGCCUCCUGGGGCCCGGCUGCUCGAAGUGAAUGGGGUCAGUGUGGAGAAGUUCACUCAUAACCAACUCAGCAGGAAGCUUUGGCAGAGUGGAAAGCAGGUGACCCUGCUGGUGGCAGGGCCAGAGGUGGAGGAACAGUGUCGCCAGCUGGGAAUGCCCCUGGCUGCACCCCUGGCAGAGGGCUGGGCACUGCCUGCCAAGCCCCGCUGUUUGCACCUAGAGAAAGGGCCCCAGGGAUUUGGGUUCCUGCUGCGGGAGGAGAAGGGCCUUGACGGUCACUCUGGGCAGUUUCUGCGGGAGGUGGACCCGGGAACGCCAGCCGAGAAGGCUGGGAUGCAGGUUGGGGACCGGCUGGUGGCUGUGGCUGGGGAGAGCGUGGAGGGGCUGGGCCACGAGGAGACAGUGUCCAGGAUCCGGGCGCAGGGCUCUAGUGUCUCCCUCAUUGUCAUCGACCCUGAGGCUGACCGCUUCUUCAGCAUGCUUCGCCUGUCCCCACUCCUCUUCAUGGAGAGCACAGAGGCUGCUGCUUCUCCCCAGGACAUGAGCUCAGCCUCUCUGGUUGAGACCAAGGACCCACCAGCUGACAACACAGCUGUACCUCCGGUCGCUCCUGGCUCCCGCCAGUGUUUCCUGUACCCUGGGCCUGGUGGUGCCUAUGGCUUCCGACUCAGCUGUGUGGCCUGUGUGCCUCGUCUCUUCAUCUCCCAGGUGACUCCAGGAAGCUCAGCUGCCCAGGCAGGGCUGCAAAUGGGAGAUGUGAUUCUGGAGGUGAAUGGGUAUCCUGUGGAUGGACAGAAUGACCUGGAAAGGCUUCAGCAGCUGGCUGAGUCUGAGCCACCCAUCUGCCUUAAGCUGGCAGCCAGGUCUCAGCAGGGUUUGGAAGCCUGGAUUCCUCCAGGGUCUGCAGAGGAUUGGCCUCUGGCCUCAGAUCCGCUGUAGAGUGCCCCAGAUGGCACAAAUCUACCCAGAGGCUUUCCUGUCUUCACUGUCCAGCCUAUGGUGGUGGGAGCAGGGAUGCCCUCUCUAAGCCAGAAGCCAGAGUUCUAAGUCACCGCCAAUCACAGGAUUGCCCAAUGGCUCCCUCCCUUCCCAUGGGCCCACCUCCCAGAAAAGGGUGUAGUCAGAGGCCUCAGGUAGCACCUUGAGGAUGGAGCCUGAGGCUCCAGAUGAUGUCACAUGGAAGCUUUGGAGAGCUGUGCCCAAGGAUGAAGUUCUGAUUGAGAAGGGUGGGCUGUGGGGCUGGCUAGGAUUGAAGCCAUCUGGAAUUUGCCCUAGGUAUGACUCCAGGACCCUUGGUGUAAUACAAGAAUUUGGAGACCAACUACACCCUCCCUUUCUGGGCACCUUAGGAUUAUAGGGGCUCCUGCCCGGUCACUGUUGUGUCUGUUGUAGAAAUGGCCUUUUCCUAUAGGGCUUGCUGGUUAGCUCAGUUGGUUAGAGUACAGUGUUAUAACACCAAGGUCAAGGGUUUUGAU